CAACGACUAAAUUUGCUUGGAUUUGCUUGGAUUUUACUUUUUUUAACUGAUUUUGUCUUCUAACUGCGAUUCGAGAUUCCUACAUAGUUCCCAGUUCCCGAGUUCUGUUCCGGUCGGAGGAUAUAAAGGUGCCUAUAACCUUGUUGAGGUUUGAUUUUUGGUUUAUACUUUUUUAUAGGGCUGGCUGAUUUCCGUUUUCACGUUUUCACGGUUUCACGGCCUUCCAUUCUUUUAUUAGAUUGUUCUUGUUCCUUUUAAGAUACGCUCGUUUUUCCCGCUGCGGCCCGUCGUCUGAAAAACACCCCAAAAAAUCACCUAGUACCUGACUAUCGUAGCUCCGGCUGUCAAUGACAAGGUUCUCGUCGCCCUUUUUGGAAUUUUGUCGAUACGCGCACAAUCGCCUGGCGAUGCAGCUAUAUUCGCUCGAGCUCGUGCAUUAUAAUGCCUCGAAUGGCCGGUCGUUUAGAAUAUGAUGUUGGAAAAAAACAGAGUAUAGAUGCCUUCCCGACCACAGCGCGGAACACUCGGGAUACGUGGAACGCCCGGAAACAGUUAGAAGAACUUGGAGAAGCUGUGCAGGAGUGCGCUGCACAAUGGUACAAAACAUAUAUAUUACAACUAAUAUUGCGACAAAAACCUCUGAAGCCUUCUAAAGAUGGACGGCACGUCCCGUUACAAGUUGAGCACGAAUACGCCCUAAUUGACGAUCGACGUGGCUAUCCGUACAUAUCGAAUACGAUUCGCACUUCACGAUAUACCCUGUACGAUUUUGUACCGAAACAGAUCAUCUUCCAAUUCACGCGAUUGGCCAACUUCUAUUUUCUCUGUGUUGGUAUUCCCCAAGCAAUUCCCGGCUUGAGUACCACCGGAAGUUAUACCACCAUCCUACCUUUGCUCUUCUUUGUUCUCCUGACUAUUGUUAAGGAGGGCUACGAUGACUACAAACGGCAUCGGUUAGACAAGCUAGAGAAUGCAAAUGCCGCUAAAGUUCUGAGAAGAAUUCCUGCAGACAUAGGUUCAAACUCAUCAAGUCGGAAUUGGCUUUCUAGUAAAUUUGGAAAUAAAGAGGCGGAUGCCCAAUCUGAUGACGAUGAAAAUGAAAAUGAAAAUGAAAAUGAAAAUGAAAAUGAAAAUGAUGGGGAAUACGAAUGGAAACGGGUCAAAUGGCAGGAUAUCAGAGUUGGCGACAUCGUUAGGCUAGCCCGGGAUGAGGCUGUGCCUGCUGACCUGGUUCUUUUACACGCCACGGGCGAGAAUGGGAUAGCUUAUAUCGACACUAUGGAUCUAGACGGAGAGACCAAUCUCAAGAGUAGAGAGUCGCUCCCUGGCUUUGAACAUUGUCACAACAUCACUGGUCUUCGCGCCUGUUCAGCCGAAUUUGUUCUUGAAGAUCCGAACCCGGAUCUGUACCGCUUUGAUGGACGUGUCACGGUACACGGUCAGACACUACCCUUAACGUCGAAUGAAGUUAUAUAUCGAGGAAGCACACUCAGAAAUACCUCUUGUGCCUUCGGCAUCGUGAUCAACACCGGAGAGGAGUGCAAAAUCCGCAUGAAUGCGAAUCAGCACCCUGCUGCAAAGAAGCCGGCUUUGGAAUAUAUCGCUAACAAAAUCGUUAUCACUCUUGCACUCUACGUUAUAAUCUUGACGGUUGGGUGCUCCAUGGGGUAUAUUAUCUGGCGGCGGUCUACUGAGCGAGGUUCCUGGUAUAUAUCUAUGGCUACCGUCGAGUUCAAACAAAUAAUCAUUGGCUACGCGAUUAUGUUCAACAAUGUCAUCCCGCUCGCGCUCUAUGUCACCCUCGAGAUAACGCGAAUUGGCCAAAUGCUCUUGCUGAACAAUGAUAUGGAGAUGUAUGAUGAGGCAACCGAUACACCAGCCCGGUGCAAUACAAAUACUAUCCUGGAGAACCUGGGACAAGUUAGUUAUAUAUUCUCCGAUAAGACAGGCACGCUUACGGAAAAUGUUAUGAAAUUUCGGAAGCUGAGCAUUUCGGGGACCUCAUGGCUACAUGAACCUGAUAUUCAGUCCGAAGAAGCCACCGUCACAACUAAUCUUGAUCCUAGCGUUGAUACAGGUCUCGCAGUGCCACGGAAGUCUAGGGAGGUUUCUAGCAUAAUACACGAAGAUAUCGAACUAUAUCCCUUGUCCUCACCGACGUCGGCUAUUACUGCUCGGUCGGGCAGAAGGUCAUCAUCACAGUGGAGGUCAACAGGCCGCCCAGAUCAUCCACAACCCGAUGUAACAACCGUCGACUUAUUAAACUAUAUCAGAGCCAGGCCGACAUCGCCUUUUGCGAGGCGAGCCAAAGAUUACAUCUUAUGCAUGGCCCUCUGUCAUACGUGUUUGCCAGAGGUAACUGAUGGAAAGGUUGACUUCCAAGCCUCCUCACCGGACGAGUUGGCACUAGUUCGUGCUGCCCACGAACUUGGUUACUUGGUUAUUCAUCGAUCAUCUCAAGCUGUGACGCUACGAAUUGAUAUCGGAGAUGGCGAUCAGAGGACGGAUGUGUAUCAGAUUUUAGACGUUAUUGAAUUCAGCAGCAAGCGGAAACGUAUGUCAAUCAUUGUACGCUGUCCGGAUGGGAGACUUUGCAUAAUCUGCAAAGGUGCAGACUCAAUGAUCCUUCCUAGACUAAAGCUAGCAAAUUUGGCGAUGCAAAAAGCGACCGAAGUUCGACAAAGUGUUGAGACUGAACGCGAGCUCCUUCGAAGGAGCGAACAUUUGGAAGUGAGGAAUAGUUUCGGUGGUCGCCCGAGCUUAACUCUACGACGAAAUAUCUCGGCAAACCGGAAUAGUAUAGGACCUACCCAGCCUGUUCCUGUGAUCAAAAGACCCAUGAUUGAGAGAAGUAGAUCUGCAGAAGGGUCAAAAGCGCGGCCCUCACAAGACAAAGCACGUCCGUCACUAGGCAUACGGACCACAUCCCUUGACGUGAGCAAGACGUUACUAAGCCCAUCGACGCCCAAGCCAUCAUAUGAUAAAUUUGGAUUUCUUGAUGAUCCCUCUAUUUAUGAUGAAUCAAUGAUUUUCAGCCGAUGCUUCAAACACCUUGACGACUUUGCCUCGGAGGGUUUGCGGACAUUGGUGUUUGCAAGGAAAUUCAUACUAGAAGGCGAGUAUGACGCGUGGAAGAAGAUAUAUAAUGAUGCAACGACGAGUCUGGUCAAUCGACAGGACAUGAUCGAAGCAGCGGGCGAGCUGAUCGAGCAAUCCCUUGACCUAAUCGGCGCCACAGCGAUCGAAGAUAAGUUGCAAGUUGGCGUGCCCGAGACUAUCGACAAGCUUCGCCGCGCCAAUAUCAAGAUAUGGAUGUUGACAGGAGAUAAACGCGAGACAGCUAUCAAUAUUGCUCAUUCUGCACGAAUCUGUCGUCCAGGAUCUGACAUAUUCAUUCUCGACUGCUCCAAGGGCUCCAUAGAGGUCCAGAUCAAUGAUAUAUCCGAAGACAUCAAGACAAAUUGCGCCCACAGCGUCGUCGUCAUCGAUGGGGAAACCCUAUCAAUUAUUGAGCAGUCACCACUAUUAACCGACUUAUUCUACACGUUAAUCCCUUUGAUCGACUCAGUCAUAUGUUGCCGUGCAUCUCCCGCUCAAAAGUCCAUGAUCGUCAAAGCCAUAAGAGAACGAGCCCCGAGCGCACUUACGCUAGCUAUUGGUGAUGGUGCAAAUGACUUGGCAAUGAUCUCUGCCUCACACGUGGGGGUUGGUAUCUCGGGCAAGGAAGGGCUUCAGGCUGCUCGUGUUGCAGAUUACGCCAUUGCACAAUUCCGCUUUUUGCAGCGUUUGCUUCUCGUGCAUGGUCGUUGGAAUUAUGUCCGUACGGCUAAGUUCAUACUCGCCACCUUCUGGAAGGAGAUGUUCUUUUACAUACCCACGGCGAUGUACCAACGCUACAACGGAUACACGGGCACAAGUCUCUACGAGAACUGGAGUCUGACUGUGUUUAACACCCUCUUUACGAGCCUUUGUGUUAUAUGCCUAGGAAUAUGGGAGCAGGAUCUGAGAGCGGAAACGCUGCUUGCCGUUCCUGAACUAUACGUGCACGGGCAGAGAAAUAGGGAGUUGAAUAUCGCAAAAUUCGUGCGCUGGAUGGCUGCAGCCGCUGCAGAAGGCAUAUUGGUGUGGCUUGGAGUAUGGGCUUCCUACAGCGUGUUUGGCAAGGCAAGGGACGAUGGCCUGUUUGCUUUGGGUAACUUGGUGUUUACUAUAGGCGUGGUCUGGAUCAACUGCAAGAUCUUCGGGAUCGAAACAAACCACAAAACAAUGAUUGUUCUAGGCGCUUUUCUAGUCACAUUGGCCGGGUGGUGGAUGUGGCAGGCUAUUCUUUCGGGUAUCUAUACGCUACAGCCGAGUCCCUAUGCAGCUCGAAGUGGCUUCACAAAAGCAUUCGGCCAAGAUUCCUUAUGGUGGUUGACCUUCCUUAUUGUGGUGCUUGCGCUCAUCGCGGUAGAGGUCGCCUACAAGAUGAUCAAACGUAGCUUGGUCGUCGCGGGUAUGUGGAGAUGGCCUCCUUGGAGGAAAAUAAGCCACGACGACAGCUUGGAAAAAUGGGGAUUGGAGGUUUGGCAAGAAUUGGAAAAGGACCCGGUCAUACGUGAACGGUUGCGAAGGGCAUGUUUGGAAGACGAGGAGGUAGGGGAUGUGGAGAUGGAUGAUUUUGAACCUGUUGACGUUACUAAAAUUCUGUAAAAGGGGGGCAUUGAAAGGCGUUUUUUUGGGUAUAUAUAAGGUACACGCAUACAUCUAGGUUAUACAUAGGGACCUGGGUAGGUAUCCAUCUAGGUUAGAGGCUGUGUGUUUGGGAGGUCUUUGCGGGUUUUGUCUUUUGGACUCUCUUCUCUCCUUUUAUCCCUUACGGGGGUUCAUCUUUGGCAACUAGAACAGAUACGAUAGAUACCCAAAGCGUUAUCACAGUAGAUAGGCACUGAGCAGGUAAUGUAAAUAGAGUAAUAUUCAUCAUAGUCGUUAUACCGACAGUAA